AUGAGAAUGUUUAACGGGAACUUGAUUUUGUUGCUUUUUAUAGGAUUCUUGAGCAUUGCAAAAGGUCUACGUUUUGAAAUUGAAGCGAAGCAAGAAGCCAACCCAGAACCAUUCUGUAUUCGUGACUUCGUCAAUGAAGGUCAAUUAGUGGUUAUUAACAUCGAUUCAGAUGGACGUAUUGGUGAUGGUCAGAAAUUGAACAUGUUUGUCCGUGAUUCCACCGGAAAUGAAUAUCGUCGAAAGAAUGAUUUUGCUGGUGCCUUACGUGUUGCAUUUACAGCACCUUCCAGUACCGCAUUCGAUGUUUGUUUCGUUAACUCUGGUGCCACCGGGAUGGUUAGAUCAGUGGAAUUAGAUAUUGAAAGUGGUUCUGAAGCUCGUGAUUGGAAUCAAAUUAGUGCUAAUGAAAAAUUGAAACCUAUAGAAAUUGAAUUGAGAAGAGUGGAAGAAUUAUCCGAUGAAAUUGUCGAUGAAUUAGCUUAUUUGAAGAACAGAGAGGAAAGAUUAAGAGAUACCAACGAAUCCACCAACAGAAGAGUGAGAAACUUUUCUAUCUUGAUCAUCUUAGUCUUAGCAGCUCUAGGUGCAUGGCAAUUAAAUUAUUUGCAAAACUAUUUCAGAUCUAAGAAUAUUAUUUAA